AAGACUCAAACAGUGGCGGCGGUGGCCACCUUCAAAGUCUCUCCUGCACGCGUUCUUACUCGACCGCGAUGAUGGAGACUGCCCAUCAGAGAGGUACUCGAUAUAUCAAGGCUAACGGAACGUCACGAAAGCCACAUUCUCGAAACAAACACUGGGUUGCCGAGCAUGUCAGCAGUAACGAGAAUGUACACGAUCCAACUCAGGAGCGAUGGACCAGAGGGGGUCAUCGGGGCGGUAGAGGCAGGAACGAUGGUCGCAAGUCUCAGAAUCGGUCCGUCGUGUUCCGCACCGGAUCAGUAAAGAGCGAGGAGGAGAGUGGAGGCGAAGGAACCACGGAUGCGGAGGAAGAGGAGGAUGAUGAGCUUCAAGCGCCAGAGGAGCCAGUGCUUGAGACAGCGGAAGAGCGGGAGAAGUUCUAUCAAGAGUUGGUGAAAGCCCGCGAGGCCGAGAGGAAACGAGCCAUCGCAGAGGGGAAGAUGGACGAUCCUCUGGUGCCCAAGCGUCUUGACGAAGCUAUUACGAUGGUUGGCACCUGUAUGGACAUGUGUCCCAGGUUCGAGCGGUACCGGCGAGAGCGGGAGAAUAAUCUGGACAAAUGGGAAACUAUCCCUGGCACUCGUCGAGUUGAUCACAAACGCGCCGUGAAAGCGUACGAGCGCGCGGCAGGUGACAAGACUAUUCCGUCCGAUCUACGACCGCCUCGUGUCCUCAAGAAAACACUGGACUACCUCUUCCAUAAGCUCCUUCCUGAGGGUGGAUUCGAGAAUACCCACACCUUCAUUCGCGAUCGAUCUCGCGCAGUCCGUACCGACUUUACCAUGCAGCACGAGACGGGCCCGCUUGCCAUCGAGUGCCAUGACCGGUGUGCGCGGUACCAUAUUCUCGCUCUGCACUUCAUGCGAGAGAAGCCAGACUUCUCAAUUGCGCUGGAAGAGCAGCAGCUUAUGAAUACAUUGCAAAGCUUGAAAGAGUUUUACGAAGACCAGCGUCAGCGUUACCAGUCCCCCACUGAGCUGGAGAUGCGCGUGUAUCACCGUCUGAUCCACAUACGGGACCAGCGGGAGCGGCACGACGACAUUCCCGCGGAGAUCCGUAAUCAUCCCGUGUUCAAACUUACCACGCAAUUCCGUUUGAUCGUGCAAGCGAAGAGCUCCCCAAUCACGAAAACCUCGGCCCUUGUUGUUGACGCAGAGGCAAUGGAAAUCUUCGGACAGCUCGCUGCAGUGCUCCGGGACUCUGGCAGUGUCGUAAUGAUCUAUUUGGUCGCGUGCAUCUUGGAACGGUUGUUCGGGAAGGAUACCAUCGAGGAUAUCGAGGCUAUCCGAGGAGAUCUAUCCAUUCCUGAUAUUAUUGAUGGAAUAUCUGAUAGGCAGGGUUCUGUUUCUACAGAGGCAACAAGCGCUAUUGAGGAUGUGCAAGAGACACCCGCCGCCGAAAAUGUUGAUUCCUCAUUACAGAGUGAUCCUUCCCAGAAUCAGGCCCCGUCCAGUGUUUCGAUCUUCGGCUCAUCCCCCUCCUCCGCCUUCGGACAACCGUCGCAGCCAAGCCCUUUCACAACAGCCUCCGCAUCACCUACACCUGCACCUCCGCCCGUACCAUCUGCCUUCGCAAACCUCAAGCCCACGCCAAAUGCGUUUGUUAAUACACCAUCUGUGUUUGGUAGUUCUUCCGCCUUUGGGUCAUCUUCGUCCGUCUUCGGAUCGCAGUCCACUUCCUCUGGCUCCCUAUUUGGGCCAUCAAAACCUACCGGUACAACUGCGACCGUCCCCGCGCCAGCUUCGGUAUUCACAGCGACUUCACAGUCGCUGGGACCCUCCCCGAAUCGUUUUGGUGCAUCGUCAUCUGCGCACCAAGCUAACAUGUUCGGCACGCAGUCGCCAGGUAACACCUCUGCUUUAUCUCCCCCCUCGGACACUAGCGCUGUCUCGGCGCAUACCCCUACACCGACCAUCAAUGGAUUUGGUUCUUCUGCAACCACGCCUUCCUGGCCUGCUGCAUCAACGACGCCCUCGGCCCCCACCUCAGCGCCUUCUCCGUCGCUUUUCUCUAGCGAUCAGUCCUCGCAACCGAUCUCCCAACUUUCAUUUGAAGCACCCAAGCCCCAGCCGCCUAAGUCCUCUACGUUGUUCGGGACGACAUCUCUCAAUCCUGCUGCCCCUGCUUUUACGCCCUUUAAGUUGUCAAAAGAACCGAACGUUGAAACAUCGUCAGCCCAGGUCCAAUCAACUACACCGUCGACCCCUGCGAAGUCUCGGGAAGCUAAAUCAUCCAGCCCCAGGCCUUCGUUAUCCGUGUCAACGAAUGUCAAUGGCACAUCAGCAUCUCCCGGGUCUCAACCUGAAGGUGCCCGACGGCCCUCAAUAUUCUCGUAUGACAUCGCAGGUCCUCGUACCCCACUGAGUGAACCCCCAACUCCAGUGAAGGUACAGCCCGUAUCAUUACCCUCAACACCCACGGCCAGUAUGGAGUCAAUUCCGAGACAGGUCCGGUCCCUCAAAGGGUUCCCCAGUAUUAGCACGGAAGUGCCGUCUGCGAAUGGGUCACUCAGCCCUAUCUUCGGUUCUCCUAUGAAGUCGCCCACGAAACCCGGGUCCCUCCUCUCCAUGCCGGAGCUCUCGACUGAACCUGGACCUAGUAUAUUCAAAGGGCCGAGUAAGUUCCCCGGUCCGCCUGGUGAAACUGCAGAAAAGCCUAGCAGUAAGUCCGCCAAGGGCAAAGAAAGGGAGACAUACGAUGAACAAGACGAUGCGCGAGAGAACGGGACGGAUCAAGGAAAGGCAAUGGCUCACAGGGAUAUGGUCGUACUGCGUUCGGCAUUUAAACGUUGGUACCGCGUAACGACGAACCCUUUCCUUGGGUACAAGCCGAGUGGUAAAAAGGCAAAGCGGGAACUCCAAGCCCUCCCUCCGUCAAGGGCGCCCUCUGAAGAGAGCACUGUCUCAACAUCAAGUGUCUCCUCCCGCGCGUGGCGAAAGCGGAAUAGACCUAGCAUGCCGAGUGAGAUUAUGUGGACAGACGAAGAUGUGGCGAGGCGUUUACGAGAGAACCGCGAGGAGCAUGAGAGUCGCUGGACUCAGGGCUCUUUCUUGGCAAGCGUACGCGCAGUUGUGCAUAGGAAGGCCCAAGGCGAUCCUCCUUUCUGGAAUCUAUGGCUGUCAAUGAAUCCAGACGUCGAUGGCACUGCCAUUUGGGUACAGCGCAAGUUUAGCGUCCCCGAAUCUGGCGAAUGGCUCUCCGAGAAUUCGUUUCAGAUUCCAAUCUCAAGUCAAGAAGACACAACACAACCGCCUUCAGCCCCUUCUCUCCUCGUCUUUGAAUGCAGUCCGAUAGCUGAUAUAGGUGACGAUGUCGAGAGGAAGUAUCGCGCUGUGGAUGAUUAUGGCCGCCUCCGUCAGGUGGUGAAGAGCUUCCCUAAGGCACGACGUUAUUCUACUUCGGUUGUGUUCAUCAUUUGGGCCGAAGAAGAGCAGAAGGGCUUAUAUAAGGACUUGUUCGAGAUGAUCGAAGACCUUAUGCGCGACCAGUUGUUCGCCGACUACCGACCAAUGAUCAUCGGGUCCGAAACCAAAGAUCUGGAUGGCAAAUUUUCUGAAAUCUUGGACGGGAUGUCUCUGGACGUGACAGCGAGACAUAGCACGUGGUGCAAGCCCGACGACCUGUUGGCACCAUUCCUGCAGCGCUGGAAGAACUUAAGCCAAGACUGGGCGGAACGUUGUUUCAUUAAUGGCGAAUUCGACUACGAGCUGUUCGGGCAAGCCGUGCACAAGCUUAUCGAUCUUAUGACGUCCAUCUUCAAACAUCUCGCCGGUCUCACGAACCGGCCGUCUUUAUCCCUUGAAAUCCCUGCCUUUGGGCAUGCCAAGGAAUCCGACGCUUUGUAUGAGCAAACCACGACUUGGCUGAAGAAUGACAUUUGGAAAGGCACCACUGACAGUGCCAUAGCCGAUUUGGAAGCAUAUCGUUACAGUCGGUUAGCCUUUCCAGUGCAAGUUCUACUGGAGGACCUUGGAGCCGUUAUACCCGCUCUGCUGCGGGCUCAUUUACCCUUGGACCUCACUUGGCCUUUACCCAUACCGAACGUCCAGCUGCAAUCCGCUCUCAAGAAUUUUGAAACUGUGACGGGCUCCGCGGGUGGUGAAUUCGACGAACUCCUGGUCCGGCGUCCCCUCAACCCCUCACCGUCCAAGCGGCGUAUGACGGAAGACCACUUGGAUACCAUCAGCGGCUCCACAUCAGGCAAACGGAUGAAGAUGAGCAGUCUGACUGCUUCGAGGGACCCUAUCACUGUGAAUGGCACCCGUGUCAAUGGCCGGCAUGAUUCACCUUCACCCAGCUCCAAGACCUCUUCCAGUGCUGGCGAUGGUGCGGUGGUGACUCUUGCUAUGUUGCGCGCUCGAACUCGUGAAGUGCGAGAGAAAUAUGGCCACAUUCCGUGA